AUGCCAUCUGUGGCAUCCGAGCCUCCUCUGUCCGUCGUCUCCAACAGCGUCCACUCGAAUUCCUCUUCGUUGGAGGGCCCCCCGAGAAAGUCUCAUGACAAGACCAUCAGUGGCGUCUUUACCUACACAAACGGAACAGAUGUCGAGACGGGACUGUCCGAACACAGACUGGAUCAGAUCAAGAACCUGCGCAACAACACGAGUCACAGCUCCUUGACAAAUGGAAUGCCUAAUGGCAACGUCAAGGCACCCCCUCGAGAGCGAACCCAAUCCAAGCCCGGCAGCACAAACUCGGCAAACACAGGCGCCGCAGCAAAGUACACCGAACAACUCUCGAGGAGCCCCGUGUCAUCAGAAGGUCCAUUGACCAAGUUAUCCAGUGUUGAGAGUGCGGCAGAGCAAUAUGACGAGCAAACUAAUGGCGUCCUCGUACAAUCUCCCGGGCCGCAGGCGACGCCAGAACUGGGCAAAUUGAAAACGAACAUCCCUCCCGCAAAGCCCGAGUACGAUCCUUAUCAUAUGGUCACCGCUUCAACGGCCCCGGAUUCUGCGCGAGUAGAUGGGGAGACGACGUCCGCCGGCCUCUCUCGCGCUCCCGCUCCCGCUCCCGCACUUUCACGCUUCUCCUCUCCGCCUGCCAUGUCGCCGGCUGCUUCGAUACAAGAUCGACAUCCUGAAUUAUCCCCGACCCCUGAGCCCCCGAAACUCACGCAUCGUCAUACCCUACAAGUUCCGAAAGCAGCGGGUAUUGGCGUUGUCGGCCGGAGUUCACGCGACUUUUCCUUCGCAGGCGGCCCUUCUGAAGAGGCGCUCUCUACUGCUACUGGCCGCUUCUCCCCCACACGAGAACAGUAUGACGGAUCUAUAGUGAGGCAUAGAAGGGCAUCACUCGGCCUGGUUCGUAGGACAACUCGGUCGAUGCAGUCGGAUGCUCAUCUAGACGAGGUACCCCCGGAUGAAGAUGCAGCACGUUGGACGGAGCUGAUCAAGCAGAAAAGAGCAAGCAGGCGAAAGAGAAAAGAGGAUGAGGACGAUAAUCGCGUUAUUGUCGGCAAGAAGGUCGAGGAGGGCCACGUCAACUGGGUUACCGCUUACAACAUGUUGACUGGAAUUCGAUUUACUGUGUCGAGAACGAACGCAAAGAUGGACCGGGAAUUGACGGAUGCCGAUUUUGAUGCAAAGCACAAAUUCAGUUUCGAUAUCACCGGGAACGAGUUGACGCCCAGCGCGAAAUAUGACUUCAAAUUCAAAGACUACAGUCCCUGGGUCUUUCGACACCUCAGGGCCAUCUUUGGUCUGGAUCCGGCCGAUUAUCUUGUCAGUCUCACUAGCAAGUAUAUCCUCUCCGAGUUGGGCAGUCCCGGCAAGUCGGGCUCAUUCUUCUACUUCUCGAGGGACUAUAAAUACAUCAUCAAGACGAUUCAUCACGCCGAGCAUAAGUUGCUCAGGAAGAUUUUGAGGGAUUAUUAUCGGCAUGUGCUGGACAACCCUAACACGCUAAUAAGUCAGUUUUACGGUUUGCAUCGGGUCAAGAUACCCUACGGGCGCAAGAUCCAUUUUGUGGUCAUGAACAAUCUAUUUCCACCGCACCGAGAUAUCCAUCAGAUGUUUGACCUGAAGGGAUCGACCGUUGGGAGAGACUUUAGUGAGGAAGACUUGGUCAACAACCCUAGAGCGACGCUGAAAGACAUGAAUUGGCUGAGGAGAGGGCUGCACCUCGAAUUCGAUGCGCGGAUACGGCAGAUAUUCCUGGACCAGAUGAAAAGAGACGUUGCUCUCUUGCAAAGGCUCCACAUCAUGGACUACUCCUUACUGGUUGGUGUGCACGACCUGGAGAAGGGUAACGAAGAGAAUUUGAGAGAGAACACGCUGCAAGUUUUCCAGCCUGGUGGAGAGAGCAACGAGGACGGGUAUGGACCGUCGGUGUUGACACGAACACCUUCCCGACUUGAAAAUGCGAGAAAAGCGCGAGAACUGAGGCAGACGCUGAAGAAAGAGAAACCCGUCCCUAUGGGCUUGGUGAGUGCCAAGAUGCCGUCUGAGAUGGCUUCGGGGGAUGAAAGACGUGAUCGCAUCUUCUACAGCUAUGACGGCGGUAUUCGGGCUACGCAUGAAGAUGGGCGAGGUGCUGAAAUGGUUUACUACCUUGGCAUCAUUGACUGUCUGACUCACUAUGGUAUGAUCAAAAGAAUUGAGCAUUACUGGAAGGGUCUUUCAGCCCCGCGAGGGCAGAUAUCAGCUAUUCCUCCACAAGCAUACGGGGAACGAUUCAUCAACUUCAUCACCGGGAUAACCAUGACCCAGGAAGAAGCCAAGAGACGAGAAACCGGCGAGAGUCAUCGAGCUUGGGAACAAGUACCAAUACAUACUUCACCUGGGGAGAAUCUCGGACAGCCAUCAGGCGCGAUUUCUUCCCCUGGUCCCGACUCAUCUACCGUGCAUUCUCCGCCAAUCGGCCCAGCUGUGGAAAGGACCAUGAGAAAAGCCCACAAGCAAACCGACAAAGCUACGCCGUCUGAGAAAGGCUGGAGUGAAAACGAGGAGGAGAAGCCUGACCGGACGUUGAAAACGGCGGAGGAUGCAAGGGCCGCCAUGACGCUACCUGUUGUCACGGAGGCCGGAGAAAGCAGAGGAUCAAGGGAAAAGAAGCGGGCGUUAAGUCCACCAAAUGAGGCUGAAGAAGAACGAGAAUAUCAUGCGGCUGACUUACCGCCAUCUCCUGUGCACAUCGGCUCGUCAAUACGAGGUGUACGCAAAGUUUCGCCUUCAACCGUGGCAACGGCGACAGAAAUGGGAGAAGAUGACACAAGCAUGUCAAGUCCUCCGACCCAACCGCUUGAUUUUGAACCAGACUCGUACACCGACGACGAGGCCCACUCGCUGCGGGAUCGGGAUGCCGACAUGGAGAGAGAGUUCAACGAAAAGCCACCGCGGAUAGCGAGCGAUCUGAUCCAGCCCCAGUCCCCCCUUCAGGAUAGCGUGAUGAGAUCGCUUGAUCAGCAGAUUGGGAAAUCUGACCGUUAA